CUGGAGCGGCAGCCAGGUCUCCCUGCCCGAAAGCAGGAGAAGAAAGUCAGACGACAGAGAGGAAGGGAUGGGAGCACAGGAGAGGGAGGAGGAAGACGCUUCUUCAGUGGGGAGAAAGUUGCAGAAAACCAGCAAGGAGGUUUAUUUCAGCGUCCUGCCAGAUAAAUAUGAACCUCUGAUUGAGGAUGAUGAAGAGAGAGAGGAGACUGCAGAGGAGAAGAAGAGGAAGAAAGAGGCGAGGAAAAAGAAAAGGAAAAAUACAUGCAAGAAGUACAGAAAGAAUGUGGGGAAAGCACUACGCUUCAGCUGGCGCUGCCUGGUAACUGGUCUGCAGAGCAUGGCGUCCGUGUACUCCACACCUCUCUCAGCUGUGGCCACCGUGGUAACAAAUGUUCACCAAGCCAGUGGCAGCAAGACAUGAUGGGACUCGGAGGGACCAGGAGUGUAGCCCCUUAUUCCUUGUGUUCAAGCUGACUUUGAAUUCAUCACCUCUGUUGUGCCUGUUUUGUUUUUAUUCUAUUUCUGAGAUAUAAACUGUAUAUUUACUCGAUUUAUGAAAACCAUUGAUACCUGUCACAUUUAUGGCCUUAGUUUUCAAAUUUGAAUCGAACCCUGCUGUUGUGUUAAAUUAAACAAUAGUCUUUCAUGUUUCAAAAUUCACCUCAAGCAGACCCUUCAGAACACUUUGGGUUUAUUUACAGUGUUAAGAAGCUUUCUGUUCCGUGUGGGCUUUGGUAACCACUGGCAACCAAACAACUAGCAAUGUCUGUGUACAAAUCUCAACGAUAACAAAGGAAGCUCCACCUUGUGGUGCUUCUCCACAACUGCACUUUAGAAACUCAUUGACAGAGAUAAAUUUUCGAGGUUCUGGAGCACUAAACAGAUAUAUUCUUCCAGUCAACCAACCAUAUUUGGAUGAAGUAAAGAUGCUCUAACAGGACGCUGACACACUCCUCUCCUUUCUGCUCUUUUAUGUUUUUAUCAAGGUUAGGAGAGUUAGUAAAUGCUGUUAAAAUAAUCAGAAUGAACAAAAAAAAAAACUAACUAAUUUGUCUUUCAUGAUGUUUGUUUACAUAAUCAAAGGUCAGGUACUUUUUGUGCAUUUCACAAGUGCUUAUUGAAAAAUAAAUGUAAAUAUGACAAAAGUGUGA